AUGACAUCCCGCCCUGAAAACAGUCGCCGCACCACUGCGUGUAUCGUUCAUUCUCUACUCGAGAAGCACGAUGGCUUGCCAGUAGAAAAUCACUUCCAGUCACACGAAGGUCUCGCCCAGGAAAGGCGCGUCGACAAAGACCCUACCUCUACGCGCGCCGAGCAGACAACACACUCGCGACUGUUGACCAAGAAAGAGUUGUCCGAUAUGGCAUUUGGCAUACGGGAACUCUCCAAGAAGCUCUCGCAGAUAAGGCUGAAGCUGCAUGUGAAGAACAUCUUCAUUCUGACAAAGGCGCACGACGAGGCUUUGAUCAAGAACUCGCGCGAAGUCACCGACUGGCUACUGCAGAAGGACCCAGGAUACAAAGUCUACGUCGAACAGACGCUGGAGGACAACAGCAUCUUCAACGCUGCUGGGCUGCUGAAGAAUGAAUCAUAUCAAGGGCGUCUCAAGUUUUGGACGAAUGAGAUGUGCGCUCAAAAACCCCAAACCUUUGAUAUUGUUCUGGCGCUUGGUGGUGACGGCACAGUCUUAUAUGCGUCGUGGCUGUUCCAGCACAUCGUCCCCCCAACCAUCGCUUUCUCGCUAGGCUCUCUCGGCUUCCUCACCAAAUUCGAUUUCGAGCAAUACCCGCAAUCUUUAUCUACUGCCUUCGCAGAUGGCAUCACAGUCAGCCUCCGUCUCCGCUUCGAAGCUACAGUUAUGCGAUCACAAAAACGAGACGGUGAGGGUCGGGAUCUGGUCGAAGAGCUCAUUGGAGAGGAAAUUGAUGACCACCAUACACACUACUCAGAUGGCACACAUAACAUCUUGAACGAGGUGGUUGUAGACCGAGGGCCAAGCCCUACUAUGUCGUCUAUUGAGCUGUUCGGAGACGACGAGCAUUUCACCACUGUUCAGGCUGACGGUAUCUGUGUCUCUACGCCUACCGGCUCGACUGCAUACAAUCUGGCAGCAGGCGGAUCACUCUGCCAUCCCGACAACCCCGUGGUCCUCGUUACCGCCAUCUGCGCGCAUACGCUCUCUUUCCGGCCUAUUAUCCUGCCCGAUACCAUCGUGCUCCGCUGUGGUGUACCCUAUGACGCGAGAACAAGCUCAUGGGCUAGCUUCGAUGGCAGGGAAAGGGUCGAACUCAAGCCGGGCGACUACGUCACGGUUAGUGCGAGUCGCUUCCCAUUCCCCAGUGUGCUGCCGCUAAACAAGAGGAGAACGGAUUGGAUCGACAGUAUUUCCAGGACCCUGCAGUGGAAUAGCAGGCAAAAGCAGAAGGCAUUUAAAGAGUGGAGCUCAUAG